CGGAAGCGCUGCCCUGAGCGGUUUUCCCCGACGGCGGCGGCGGCGGCGGGGUUUCCGUUAUGGAAGGCCCAGGCCCGGGCUCGAGCUGUUCGGGCUCGGGGGCCGUGGGGCGGCUGCUGACGGAGGACGAGAUGGCCGAGGUGAAGAAGGAUGCUUUAGAAAGGAUGCGUCCUUACCUGUGUGAUAAAAUCAUAGCUGAGAGACACUUUGAUUACCUACGUUCAAAGAAAAUACUCACUAGAGAGGACACAGAAGAAAUUUCUUCUCGAUCUUCCAGUAGGAAAAAAACUGGGAAGUUGUUGGACUACUUAGCAGAAAACCCAAAGGGAUUAGAUGCUUUGAUUGAAUCUAUCCGACGAGAAAGAACACAAAACUUCCUGUUACAAAAGAUAACUGACGUAGUGUUGAAAGUCAAAAAUGAAAAACUUGAAGCUCUCAAAGGUCUAAGCUGCAGCACCUGUAUGACCUCACUGUAUGAAGGAACAAAUAAUCUUUCUAGAUCGUAUUCGGAUGAAUCUAAUUUUUUUGAUAAAACAAAAGACAAAGAAUCUACCCAGAUACAUCAUCCAGAAGAAGAUUAUAGCACCGCCGCAUUUGUGUCUGCUGUCUCCCUUCAUUCAAUGAAUUUGCCAAUUGCAGAGAUGGGAAACGCAGAGUGUGCUGUUUUCUCAGCCACCCUUCCAGGGCCUGGAGACCCCGGAGCACCUCCCCUGCCCCCCGAGCUCCAGGCAGAGCAGCAGGAACCAUCGACUACUUCCAGUGACAAUUGCUUUUUGCCUUUAAGAUCACGUUCUCUUCAAUCACAGUGAACAGUGUGACUUUUGUUUGUUCAUCCAAACUUUGAAACUUUGUAUGAUGUCGUAUAAAGGGUAAAAAAAAUGUUUUCAACUGCUACCUAGCAAAAGCAGAGGGAACAAUGUAUGCUAUUUACUGUUUUUAAGGAGUAUUUUUUUUUUGUAAUUGGAUGACUCUGGAGCUGCUUGAUUUUAUUUUCCUUAGGGAGCUUUUUUCAAAAGCUCAUGGUAUUAUACCAGCAAAGGCUUGUUUUUUAAACCAAUGUAUUUAAGAUUUGACACAUAGCUGCAGUUAUUUAUGCUGCAGUUAUAGAACAAAUGGGGGGUUUUCUUCCUAAGAAAAAAUCUGUUUUUCUUAAAGUUUCUGUGACAGGUGAAUUGGGAAAGGUGGUUAGGAAAAGUAUUAAGCAUUGAAAAAUAACUUUCUGAACUAAAAGCUUAAACUCAAUUACCAAAAAAAUUUGGUAAAUUACUCAUUUACCAAAUCGAGUGUUUCCCUGUAGGAUAAAUUCUGCCUUCUGUGUAUGUGUAUGCAGCUCCAUUUGCAAAAAAACCCACACGGAUCUGGCCAAAUCUAUAGCUAUACUUAUUUGCAAGAAGUCUCUUAAUCAUCUGAACUUUGUUCUCUAUCCUACCAGUUAAAUCAAAAGGCACUUGGUAUCGCAGUGAUUUGGAUUAGCAAAUAUACUUUCACAAGCCUUAGCAUGUUCUUCUUGUAUAUUAGUUAGAGAUUUCUGAUUUGAGAUGCACUUUAAAUAUAAAUUCUCAUUAGUACUGGAAAAGGAAUGUAAACUGCUGUAACAGCAUCAUGUGGGCUAUAAGAAAAUGUUAUUGUAUAAUGCUGUUAAGGAGCAAAGCUUGUAUGUUUUGUCCCAGUAGGUAAGUAGAUGAGGAGUCCUGUAGCAAGAAAAUAUCCAUACCUAAAGGACUCUUAGAAAUGUUACACUUCAGAUAUCUACUCUUCAAAGCAGAUAGGCAGGUUUACAUUUCAAGUUUCUUGGAGUCAAAUGCAUUUUAAACUAUUGCAACAUGGGAAGGUUCUCAUUUCUUGACACAAUGUAACAUGCUGUAUUCCUCUCAUACUCUACUCUUGAGUUGUAAUCUAAUUUUUAUUAAGUUGGCUUAUAAUAACUUUAAAAUUACUAGGUGAAGAUAAACUCUUACUUGGAAAUGUAUACAGCUGUGUUCUGCAGUACAACACUUUAAAGUGAUGGGAUGUUUUCAGUAUAUCAAAGGGUAGGUAUUUAAGACUUUAAAUUAUUUUGGCGCUCAUACAGUGCUAUAGCCAUGUAAUUCCAUUCAAAUUCAAACCCAGGUAAUAUUCCUAAACUGCGUUCUCCUUUUGUGGAAACAGCCCAUCUGCAGGACCUUGAGAUAGUCUCUAAUU